AUGGAUGAUGAAAUUGAGGCCUUAGAGGGCAAUGAAACUUUCGAGUUGGUUCCACCCCCAAAGGGCCGUGAGGUAGUGGGGGGGGGGGAAAUGGGUGUAUACCGUUAAGACAGGACCAGAUAAGGCUGAAACAUACAAAGCUCGUUAUGUAGCAAAAGGCUACUCGCAGAUUCCUGGUAUUGAUUACCAUGAAACCUUUUCCCCAACCGCUCGGAUGAGCUCUAUUCGUGUUUUAUUACAGCAGGCAAUUCAGAAUAAUAUGCUUGUUCAUCAGAUGGACGUAAAAACAGCCUAUUUAAAUGCCCCAAUAGACUGUGAGAUUUUCAUAGAACAGCCAAAAGGCUACGAAAGGGUAGGACAAAAUGGUGAGAGGUUGGUGUGCAAAUUAAAUACGUCUUUGUACGGUCUUAAGCAGAGUGGACGCAAUUGGAACAACAUGCUACAUGAUUACCUUAUGAAGGAGAGCUUCACUCAAUCACUUGCUGACCCAUGUGUUUACAUUAGAAAUGGUGGUACAAAUGAAUGUACAAUUAUCAUCAUUUGGGACCUUGGGUUGAUGAUCUCAUAAUUUCCGCUAGCCAUGAAAUUCUUUUGCAGAGUGUGAAAGAUUCUUUAAGUAAUAAAUUUAGAAUGAAGGACCUAGGGGUAUUGUCAUGGUUCCUAGGCACAGAAUUCAAGUGUUCUGAAGGUGCAAUUGAAAUGAGCCAAAAGCAAUAUAUUGAGAAAUUGCUGUUAAGGUUUGGCAUGGCAGAAUGAAAGCCAAAGGUGACCCCAACGGUACUAGGUUUAGAUAAGGUUGUGGAUACGAAAUCACCUGAAUUAAAAGAUCCAACUCUUUAUAGAGCGAUACUUAUUGCUGAAAAACAUGUUCUAAGGUAUUUGAAAGGAACAAUUGAGCAAAGAUUGAGAUUCAGGAAAUCUGAGAGUACUCUAAAACUUAUUGGGUUUUGUGACUCAGAUUGGGGAGGUGAUGUUUGACAGGCGUAGCAUAUCUGGCUACGGUUUUCAGUUGUUGGACGUGGGUCCUUUAGUUUCUUGGAGAAGUCGAAAACAGCCAACUGUUGCACUGUCCACAUGUGAGGCAGAGUAUAUCGCACUGACAGAUGCAGUGCAGGAAGCCAAGUUCUUAACGCAGUUGUGUGUUGAUCUAAAAGUUGUUCAGGUAAGUUAUAGUGUUCUGGUAAAUGGUGACAACCAAGGUGCAAUCAAUUUAGCUAAGAACCCUAUGUACCAUAAAAGAUCAAAACAUAUCGAUGUGAAGUAUCAUUUCAUUCGAAGUGAAGUUCGAACAGGUAGUAUAGUAUUAGCAUAUAUUCCAACGGACGAGAAUGUAGCAGAUAUCUUUACAAAGCCAGUUAGUAAAGUCAAGUUAGAUAAGUUUGGACUAUUUAUGUCAG